UUUUCCCAUAGUAGACGUUUCCAAAACGUACGAGAAAAACAGAAAAAAGAUGGCGGCUGCCCAGUGGUGGGCACAAGCUAACGAAGAAGAAAACCGUCAAAGUAAAGCACAAGAGGAGCUCUUUGUUUUCGGAUAUGCUUGUAAGGUGUUCCGGGAUGAUGAGAAGGCUAGUUUUGUGGACCAAGAAAAACACCUGAUCCCAUGGAUGUCCGACGACAGAGUUCUUAUUGACAGGUAUGAUGGACGAGGUCACUUGUUUGACCUUUCAGCAUAUGAUGCCAGCAAUAUUAAGGACACAGAACAAACACUGACUGAAGAUGAAGAACAGAUUGAGAAGCUGUGUGAUGAGGAGCGUUUCCUGGAGCUGCGGACAGACCUGGCUGAGAAGACCAUGUAUGAAGAGGAGGAGUGGAAGCGUUACUACCUGUCCCUGUCCGAGGGAUACAAUGCUGUCGGCUUCAGCUAUGACUAUGCUCAGCAAAUGGCAGCUGAGCAACAGCCAGAGGUCAAAAUUGAAGCAGUAGAAGAUAAACCAUUUGUUGUUGCCCCAGAGUUACAUGUACCUCCUGAAAUCAAUGUGCCAGAAUUAGAGAAACAGAAUGCUAUUAUAGAGAAGACUGCUAAGUUCAUAGCAGAACAUGGAGCUCAGAUGGAAAUCAUUAUAAAAACAAAACAGUCCAACAAUGCACAGUUUGAAUUCAUGCAUUUUGAGAACACGCUGAACCCAUAUUACAAACACAUGGUGAAGAUGAUAAAGUCAGGGAAGUAUCGACCUAAGGCUGAGGAGAUACAGGAGGACCUUGACAGCAGUUACGAAGAGGAACAUCCAGACGGAUACCUCCAUCCAAGCCUCAUGAUCCAACGUGCCUCUCCCACCCCUGACCUUAAACCUAUUAAGAUGCCAACCGGGAGCAUCCAUGACACUCCCUAUGGACAGCUCAUCAAGUCACUUAAACGGUCCAACAAGCAGCAUGACAAAGCAAGCAAUGACAGCGGAGCAGACCGACAGCCCCACACAGAAGCGUCAGCCAUACAGCCACCCCCACUGCCUCCUUACAUGUCUCUACCAGAGUAUGGCACUUCCAACUCAAGUUUGCCCCUCCCGCCGGGGCUGGAGCCUGUCACUCUCCCGUCCGCACACCAGCCCCCACCCCCACCCCCAGGGACAGAUGUGGAUGGUAACAUCUACCUCAGCCAGGACAGUCCGGCCAGUGAAGACAGCUCCUCAAGGGAUUCCUUUAGCAUACCUGGUGCUCCACAGAUUGUUCCACCCCCACCUGACCUUCAGCCUGUCAUAGACAGAAUGGCAAUGUAUGUUGCCAAGAAUGGGGUGGAGUUUGAAAUUGUUGUGAAAAGUAAAAACGAUCCUAGAUUUGCAUUCUUGGAAUCCUACCAUGUCCAUUUCCCAUACUACAACUUCAAGAAAAAUAUCCAUAUCACAGAGACAGCCAAAGAGAAGAGGCGCUUGGAAAAGGAACGGCCUAAAGGGGUGAGCUUCAGCAUCAAAGGCAAGCCUCGGGAACAGGAAAGUGCUUCAUUGGAAAAACGUCAGGUGUUUGAUAAUGAUAGCAGUGAUGAAGAAGGUGAUCGGGACAAGCUAUACAAGUCAGACUUAUCAGGGACAUCCACACCUGUUGAUGCAGAUUUCAUGUUGAUGGAAAAUACAAGACCAGAUACUUCAAGGUCAGAUACUUCAAGGUCAGAUUAUUCAAGGGCAGAACAGCCUCGGGCGGAAUAUUCUAGGGCAGAGAACAAAGUUGAUCGGGCAGAGUUGAUCGAGAAGUUAGAACGAAAACAGGCUGAGGAGCGUUUGAAGGACCGUAUGGCAGCUGCAGCACGUGAGAAGCUAGUCCAGGCUAACAAAGAGAAACAGAUGCAGGCCGAAAGGAAGCGCAAGGCAGCCAUGUUUAUCAACAUGCUUAAAUCUACCAAUGUAACCACUUCCACCACCUCAGCAGCUGAUGAUCAGCGUGACAUGGAGGAAUCAGGGUCAACAGGUACACCUAUAGGCAGCCGUUCACAAACACCUAUUACUCAGGAGGAAGACCGACUCAGCGACUACUCGGACCGGUCCUCAAAGUCAUCUAAAAAGUCUCGAGAAAGAGGCUCAUCUCCACCCUCAAGGUCACGCAAGUCACCAAGCCCGCCAUCUAGAUCAAAGUCUCCCAGGAGGAAACGCUCCCCAAUACCACUAAGUGCUUAUGUUAAAAGUAGAAGGUCAUCAUCAAAGUCACCUCACCGAAGACCUAUACUAAGGACACAAAGUCCUCCCAGGAAAGACAGAUCAAAGUCGCCAAGAUACAGGGUAAAUCCUUCUUUAUCUCCUGGAAGGUCAAAAUCAGUGAAGAGGUCACGAUCACCAUCACCUUCUAAAAGCUCCUCAAAAUCCAGUAGAAGGUCACCAACACACAGUGUCAGAAAAUCAAAAAAGAAGAAGAGGUCUCGUUCUAGGUCUCCGCGUCACAAGUCAUCAAGCAGUAAGAGAGUGGGAGAUGUGAUUGGUCCCGUCCAGAUCUGUGAUCUAACCAUUAAACAGGAACCAGGGUUGUUACAGUCAGCUACAGAUAUCACAGACAACAUAGACAAGGCCAAAACAUACUCAUAUACAGACUUUUCUAACUUACCCCCCUUGCCUGACUGUCUGCCCCCAGAGCCCCCGUCAGACUCGAGGGCACCCCUCCCUCCACUACCUCCAUUACCACCGGACUCUGAUAGUAACAGCUGUAGUUUACCAGGAGAUUCCAAGGGCGAGGAGAAGACUGUAUCCAAUUACAUGUUGAACCGUGUCAGAGCGAUCAUAAAGGCAUCACGACAAGCCAUUCUACAAGAGGAAGGAUUUGAUGAUCCCUAAGAUACACUUUACGUUGGUGCUGUUACAUCUAAACUGGAGGGUGACGAUCUAGACACCACGCUGUUAUUCUGUUUCUCCACAAACAGCAUAAUGCCCAUGAAGGAAUGUUAAGGCUACCGAUGCCACAACCUUAUUCUGUUUCUCCACAAGGUGCCCAGUGCCCAGAAGGAAUGUUAAGGCUACCGAUGCCACAACAUUAUUGUUUCUCCACAAGGUGCCCAGUGCCCAGAAGGAAUAUGUAAUCCACAAAGACUAUUGUAAAAGUAUUGAUCCCUCUUGUUUUGUACUGUGUAAGAUUUAUUUAUUUGCACCAUCUUUUUAAUUUCGAACUUAAAAGUAUGAUAUUUCAUGUGGCGGUUAUAUUAAAACUUUUCACUAAUUUAUGAUGUAACUUCAUCCAUUCUAUGGAAAAUACAGUUGACAAAUACCCAACAACAUCUAAUUUCAUACAGUGCUACAUGUGGUGAUCAUUUAAACAGAGGCAUGAAUGGUAUCAGGUAUAUAACAGGGUUGGACGGUUUUGUUUGGGUGUCCAAAGGACUAGUUGAAUAGAAUAUUUAUUAGUUCUCGGUGUUAAUAGAGAUUUUAGUGAUGAAAGUAUUUUUAAGCUAGAAAGAGAGAGGGCUGUAGGGGACACCAAAAACUCUUACUGUAGUUAAGCAUGGCAAAGCCCUGGGUCAUUGUGGUAAACAAAUUUCAUGUAUUUUCAGCUGUUUAGAAAGGGAUAUUGUUUUUGGUCAAUCUAUCAGUCAAUGAUAUUCUGAUAAGAUAUUUUUCACAAGUCCAAAGGACUAAUUGGGUAAGUAGAUACUUACUAGUAAACUUUAUCAUGAGUUUACCUAUUUUCACAGCUGGGCUGCUUGGCAGUCUACCAUCUAUACUUUCAUUGUUCCUGUAUCAGGAUUCAGUUGAAAUGAACGCUUUAUUGUUGUCUAAAUUAUAUGGUUCUCCAUUGUGUGAGAUCAUGACCUUUCAAAGUGUUACAAACUUUUUAUUUGCAACACUUUUCCCUAUUUAAUGUCAUAUUGUUUAAGUUCAAGCAUGAUAUGUAUUCACGAUAUGUAUUCACGAGUGUCAAUUUUACAUCUCUCUAUGUAAAUUUUGCUGGUAACAUGUACUGAGGGUAGGUUCACAUAUCUGCAUCAGUGUAUGUAUUGACAAUUUUAACAGGAGGAAAAUAAUGUUACUUUAAUAUACUUAAAAAGCACCUUAAACCAAUAUUUAGCUUCAAACACCUUCUAUAUGUGUUAUGAGGUUAUCAGACAUGGUUCGUUUUGAUUGCCUUUUAAUGCUCCCAGCCAUGUCGGAAUUAUUUGUAUUUAUAACUUAACACGCUGGGUUUGAUGUUCUGUGGUGUAGCUCUAUCUAGUUAAAGCAUUCACUUGUAUACAUUCCAAUAUGGUAGAUAGCAGAGAUGUCCUAUUUUUCACAUGAAUGGUAGAGGUAACCAAGACAUACAUUUGAUAUAUAUAUAGUGUACAUGUAUCCGUCUUUUGAUAUAUAUAGCAUAUCUUAUUUUCAUCCAGUUUGAGUUCACCAAGACUUUACAACUUGUACAUGAGAUGAAUCAUUUAGGAUAUAUGAGCAAGAAAAUUUCAUGUUACAGUGCAGCUCUGUAUAGCUUUGUUCAGUUUAUUGCGAUUAGUUGUGUUCUAGUUUCCUGUAAAAAUAAUGUCGUUCAUGGAAUGUAUACAUCGUUCAAAUGAAGACAUUUUAGUCUAGUCAUAGAUACUAGAACUAGGGAAAAAAGAACAGAAUGUUUAAAAUAUUUUUCAUGGAAUGUAUACAUCGUUCAAAUGAAGACAUUUUAGUCUAGUCAUAGAUACUAGAACUAGGGAAAAAAGAACAGAAUGUUUAAAAUAUUUUUCAUGGAAUGUAUACAUCGUUCAAAUGAAGACAUUUUAGUCUAGUCAUAGAUACUAGAACUAGGGAAAAAAGAACAGAAUGUUUAAAAUAUUUUUCAUGGAAUGUAUACAUCGUUCAAAUGAAGACAUUUUAGUCUAGUCAUAGAUACUAGAACUAGGGAAAAAAGAACAGAAUGUUUAAAAUAUUUUUCACUUGUGUUCACCCAGAUGUAUUCACAUUUUGUCGUUGUUAUCUCUAAGACUGUGUUCAUGAAUCUUGAAGGAGAUGUCGAUUACUAGGACCCAGUUGUUUAAGUAGUACUAGGGUACAUUCGCAUAUCCGGUUGAAAUGGUUGAACCGGUUGAAACUGUAAAGAAACGACAGGUACAGAUCUGGGCCGAGGCUGACCUCAGGAUUGAGCGGUCCAGACGUACCUGACCAAAACUAAAAUGCUGACUAUUGCCAUAAUAUUUUCAUGACUAUGGAAAAUUAUAGUGAAAAUUGUUAGUAAAAAGACUUGAAAACACUUCAAUACAGUUUAAGAUAGUUGUGAAAUAUUGCAUUUAGAAAAUUUGAGAUGAUGGCACUUAAGAAGAACAGGGUCAGGGUAUACUUUUACUACAGUUAAGUUUAUAUUUUAUCAUAAACUGACAAUGUAGACUUUGUUGCUGUAAAUAUUCGUGUUUUUUUUUACUGUUUUGAUCAUGUACCCAUUGUCUUCCCCGCCUGGAAAUAGGCUUUUACUGAGGUUUCCCUGCCUGUCAUUGAUGUUGUGUGUUCAUCAACAGUGUCAUUCUUGUGUUAAAUGUGAUUCCUGGUACAUUUCAUAUGAAUCAAUAUAUUUUCUGCAGUCUUUUUGACAUACAGGGUUUUUGAUCUUUGGUAGAUUAAUGCAUCCAUUGACAGGUACUUUCUCAGUUAUAUUUUCAAAUGUAAGAGGACAGCAUGAUUAAUGAAGAGUUGAUUUAGUAUGUCUGAAUAAGUCUUUAUGUCAUACAAGUGUGUCUGAAUAUCUUAUGUAUUUUGUAUGAAUGCUGUUGUGGUUAUCAGUAAAAAGGCUGUCUCUUUUGUGUUGUGUUUCAAACAUCCGAUAUAUAUUGUACACUGUAUAACUGAUACACAAACUGCUUGCCAUUUUCACCUCACAGAGAUAACACUUAUCCAUUAUUUCCAUCACAUACCUGAUGAUAUGGGCACUUAGUUGUACUUAUACAUAGCCCAAUACAUAUAACUACUGCACUAAAACUAGUGAACACUCUGUCCUUUUUUCUGGGGAGAGUGUCCCAUGUCAUCUCCAUAAUUCGCCAACUUACAGAAGUUUGAAAGGUUUAGCAACCAUUCUGAUAUUACUAAACACCCAAGUUGAUUAUUGGGCUGAAUACAGUAUUUAUAUAACUUAGAGAAACAUGCAGUUGCACAAGGGCUAUGAAGCUGAAUACAAUAAAACAUUUCUUUACAACAGAGAGACUUAAGGAUUCUUCUCCCACUGCAUGCAAAAUGUAAGAGAACUCCAUAGUAGUUUUUUCCUAUAAACGGUAAAUAUAUAACUUAAGCACUACAGGGCCAUGAAACUUCUGUUUACAUGGCACCUGUUCGUUUGCUUGGUCAAGUCAAAUGUAAACAUUGAAAACAGUAUUGGCUUUAAGUAUCUUCAAAAUUAUUUUCCAAAUCAUUGACAAAAUAUUAUUUCAUUAUUAAUUUGUAAACGGAACAAGAAAUAAGGCUUGAGCAUGGGAACAAUUUCAUGAAUAUGGACCCGGAAGUCUAGGGUUCAACUCCUGUUGUAUCUUUUAACUUUUUCAUAAAAGGUAUGGUUUUCUUUUCAGAAACAAUUAAUACAAUAUACAAUGAAUGGUUACAGUUUUUGGCAGUGGUAAAGGAAUCCUUAACUUCUCUCUGUUACAACAAGCAUCUAACUCUGUGAACAGAUCAAGCAUACUAGAGAUAGUGUGGACCAAACUAAACUUAAGCGAUUAAGCUUUUUGAUGGCCCUCAGCUAUAUAAAAUGUUGCUCUCUCCUACAGUGUAGAUUUUUUGUACCAGCUGUACACAUACAUGUUUACAUAGAAAUACUACUUAAUGUACUGAACUUAACAAAAUAGAAAUAAUUGUUUAUUGUUAAGGAAUACUCGUUUAAACGUUUUCUGUGGAAGAUGCCAACAAUAUUAGUUAUUGUAGACUGAGAGACAUAACACUGGACUAGUUUGGAGUGGAACAUGAAAUAAUAGUUGUGUGAUGAAUGUGUACAAGCACUAGCCUAGUAUAGUAGUAUACACAAUAAUAGAUAUGUCAGGUGUGUAAGGUGUUUUUGUAUAGCUUUGAUAGUUAUGCUACUUGUAUAAAGUGGAUUUGGAAUGAAAGAAGCUGUAUGAAUCCUCUUUGAGUUUUUGUAGCAGUGCUUGAAGAAUAUUUGGAAUGGAUGCUAGUUAAAUGUGUGCGAGCGUUUGUGUCCGUAGUGCACAGUUCCCUAUCUAGGACAGCCCCAGUUUCUGGCAUUAUGUAACAAUGGUGCUUCGUAAAUAUUGACCUUUUGUAAUAAAGAUGGAAAGAAAACA